AUGAUCACAGUACACAACCCAGUGCAGGAUCAUGAAUUUCAAAACAUAGUCAGACCAGCACAGCAGGAAGACUGCUCUGAGGAGCAGGUGAAUGAACAUGAGAGCCCCCACCUUACCUGGGCUCAAACCACAGUUGGAGCACAUGGCUCCUACCCCUUAGGAUGCCCUCCAGGUUCUCUGUUACUGGCAUGUCCUGAACAGCAGACAUUGCAGUUACAAAUAAAAAAUCCACAACAAAGCUUGCUCACUGCUGCUGAGGUGUGCCACACAUCCGUCGCCUCCUACCUGCUGUCCGCCCUCAGAGGCAAUAGCUUCCUCAGAGUCAAGGACUUCAAGAAGAUCCUAGACAGCGUGGGCAUCAAGACAGACCACAACCAGCUCAACAAGGUCAUCAGUGAGCUGAACGGAAAGAACAUGAAGGAUGUCAUUGCCCACGGCAUUGGCAAGCUUGCAGCGUUCCCACUGGCGUGGCAGUGGCACUCUGCUGCCCUGGGCUCUGCAGCCCCUGCUGCUGGUUCUGCUUCUGCUGCAACUGAAGAGGAGAAAGUCGAGAAAGGGGAGUCUGGAAAGUCAAAUGACGACAUGGGAUUUGGCUUAUUUGAUUAA